ACAUAAAAAUAAUCUGUCUGGUAUCUGUGGUGCGCGACAGUCGAACACCAACUUCUGUUCCCUUUGGUUAGAAACUGGAACAUUAAUUCGCUGCCUCGGCAAUAAAUUGCAAUAUAAAGUUGGUGUUGUUCGCGUGUACAUCGUCUAACGUCUCAGUUUCGCGAUUUAUUCGUUCUGCCCAAACGUCCAACAGUAAUAACAAUAAACUAAAAUGUUGUCGACCGUACAUUAGUAUUACACUCGUCUUAGUCCAAGUUUUUAAACAAUGGCAUUUCGAAAACGAAGUACAUCUGGAUCCAAGCCACAGCUUAAAGAAAAAGUUGUACAGAUUUAUGAAUCAUUUUUUAAAGGAGAAGAUUUGUCAAAAGAUAAUGAAAAUUUUUGGGAUGAAUUUUUUCUAUUAAAACCUAAAGUAUCAUAUAUUGAGUCCGAAAUAGAAAAAUUAACAGCAGAACAAUUGGUUUUACUCCAAGACAAUAUUAGAUUACUAUUUAUCAAAUGUAUUGAAACAUUUGAUUGCAAACAUCAACUGCGUAUAAUUUUUUCAUUAAAGACAUUGACAUGUUUAGUGAGUAGUUUGUAUAAAAAGUUCAGAAUUGAUCCAACAUUUGAAUUUAUGUCAGUUUUGGUGGUACCAAAAGACUCAGAAAUUGUUUUUGAAAAUUUACUGGGAAAAUGCAAUUCAAUGUUACGUGAACCAGAAUGUGCUAUAAUCAAAGAUUUAUGUCUACAAUUUUUACUGACGUUAGUAAGUGGAACUGACAACCUCAAUGAAAACUCAGCUCUAUGUCAUUUAAUGACAAAUAGUGUUUUUGAACCUUUGACAGAAGUACUUUCAAACAACAUAUACCAAACAUACCAUGGCUAUGACUCCAUAUUACUGUUGACAUUAUUAAUGAAUGUUGAAACUGCGAAAAAGACAAAUCCAUAUGUUGUCAAAUUAUCUCUAUUAGACAAAGAAGAAACAUUAAAUGGUUAUAGUCAGAUAAUAAGAUGGUCAUUGGAGGAAAUUUGUCAACAAUAUCGUUCUGAAGAAAUAGCCCAAUAUUCAAAUAAUACAUGGUUUAAUACAUUUACUACUGUGGUUAGUAAUAUGUUAUUUGUACCAGAGACUACUGAAGAACAUAAUAUUGAAGUACCUCGAGAAAUCAGAUCUAUGAGUGGAAUAUUAAUUGCAUUAUAUGAAGCUGUGCAUUAUAAUCGGAAUUUUAUGACUACUUUAACCCAUUGCCAUAAAUCUAAUAACUACGAGUCACAUCCCAGUGUUAUGCAACAAACACAAUCAAUUUCAACCAAUAUUGAUCUCAAAUCACCAACAGAUAGUCAAUUUUCCAAUCUUCUAGUCACAUUUUUUCAAUACUGUUCAAUUGUUAUGCAAGACAUAAAGAAUGAAGGCAAUGCUAACAACUCGAUGCUAUGUUUUGUGAUAUUGUCAAGUAUCACUGAUGAUCAAUUUGCCAAUUCAUUAAUGCAUGAUAUGAAUUUACAAUUUAAAGUAGAUUUAUAUCGUUUGCCUACUAGACGCUAUAUGUUUGUUCCAGACAAGACACCAAAACCUUUAGCAGCUGCUCUAUUAGAUUUGAUGAUCGAGUUCAUGCUAGGGCACAUGAUGAAAAAAUUACCACUUGAUCAAUACAUGAAAUGUAUAAGCAUAAUUCACCGUAUAAUAUGUUAUCAAAAACGAAAUAGUGUACGCUUAUGUUAUAAUUGGAAAGAUUUAUGGAGUUCUUUAAUUACAUUGUUGAAGUUUCUUAUGACAUAUGAACAUCAACUUUCUCAAGAUAUGAAUAUAUAUGAUUUAGGAAUACAGAUUGUAAACAUAUUUAAUUUGUUUAUUACUUAUGGUGAUAUGCUACUGCCAUCACCAAGCAGUUAUGAUGAAUUAUAUUAUGAAAUAAUUAGAAUGCAUACAGUGUUUGACAAUAUAUAUGUCCUAUCAUCAAGAAACUCAUCAGCUAUCAGUGAGCAUAAGUUAUCGGCCACAAAGUUAUCCAACUGUUUGAUAAAUAUCAGGGCUAUAAUCAAUCAUUAUGUACCGAAAAUAGAUAACUGGUUAGAAAAAAAUUCAGUGACUACACCUGUUGGUGAAGAUAUACUGGAAGUAGUCAGAAACAAUUAUGAUACACUCACACUGAAACUACUUGACUGUUUGGGAAGUUUUGAGCCAAACAAAACCAACCAAGAUUCGUCGAGUUCAUCACUCAUCAAACUUAUGGUCAGCAAAGUUGUCAAAGACACUCGGCAGUCUUUAAAACAUUCCAAUACAGAUCUUCAACAGAUACUACAAAAUUUUUCACUUUACAGUAAUCCCCCAUAAAUAUAUUAAUGUAAGCUUAAACAGUAUUAAAAUUGUAUUUAAAACCUAUUUAUUUAUACUCGAUCAAAUA